AGUUCAUUGUUCAACACUUGGUGAAGGACUUAAAAUUGAACAACACUCAAUUAUUAACAAUAGGAACAUUUAUUGGCUGCUGUGAUCAAAACAGCGUUUUUGGGAGCGAAAGACACUUGAGCAUGUUGUGAGCUGCUAAUUGAUCGCACAUCGAACCAAACAAUUUUACUCAAGUCAAGGAGACCAACACCACAUCAAUCAAACACAAAAAUCAAAUCCUACCGAAACACCCCAACUACUUAGCACAAGCAACAAGUCGAUAGUAACAUGGCCAAAAAAACUUACGACCUCCUGUUCAAGCUACUCCUGAUCGGCGAUUCUGGUGUAGGCAAAACCUGCAUACUUUUCCGCUUCUCCGACGACGCUUUCACAUCCACCUUUAUCUCUACGAUUGGUAUCGACUUCAAAAUCAAAACGAUCGAAUUGCGAGGAAAAAAAAUAAAGCUUCAAAUUUGGGACACUGCCGGACAGGAACGGUUUCACACGAUCACUACGUCCUACUAUCGUGGUGCCAUGGGCAUCAUGCUAGUGUAUGAUAUAACAAAUGAAAAAAGUUUUGACAAUAUAGUUAAAUGGCUACGAAAUAUAGACGAGCAUGCCAACGAAGAUGUGGAAAAGAUGAUUCUUGGUAACAAAUGCGACAUGGCAGACAAGCGAGCGGUUCGUAAGGAAAGGGGAGAAAAUAUUGCCCGCGAACAUGACAUUCGCUUCAUGGAAACGUCUGCGAAAGCUAACACCAACAUUGAACUAGCUUUCCGUGAGCUGGCAGAAGCUAUUUUGGAUAAGACAGCUGGCAAGGAAACGACUGAUAACCCAGAUAGAGUAGUUGUCAAUCGAGGCACCGGAGAGCGAUUACCCGCUUACAAGGCCUGCUGUACGUAGUGUGUUUACAAUCGUCCCAUGAAUUUACCACUGGCGAACCGCCGCCCUAGGGUGUGCCUGUUUGUCCCAUUAAUGCCGCGGCGAACAUUGCUCGCGACCAACAACAUGGGAUAGAUAGCUUGCUGACUACUAACCACAGAAAAUGUGGUACCUCGAUUUCGUUUUUAUCGUCUUUUGUACUUUUAUUCAGCUUACCCUAAGCUCGUGAUAUUUUAUCGCGUUUUGGUGCCGUGCUUUAGCUUUGAGUUUAUUAGGAUUUGGCUAAGACUUGUUUCGAGUAGUAAUCGUAGAAACCAUCGAGCGUGGUGCACAUUUCGCUUAGGGUCUGUGACUUAGGCCUCUAGGCAUCAAUGAUGAAAUUAGUAGCAGAUAAUGUGGUUAGUCAACUAUGUUCAUAAGGGAAUGACACUCAGUAAAUUAGCUCUAACUUACGCAAGCAUGUCAACUAUCACGUUUCACAUGAACCAUGUAAGACCGAAAAAUUAUAUUCAAGCAAAGGAUAAUCUAUUCACGAUGAUAUCACCGAGAAACAAUUCUGUUAUCCAUACAUUAGGAGUGAAUUACGCAUCAAAACGCAUUACGGUUUGAACCGCAUGAAAAUAAGCCACUAGUAUCGCUUACAAUCACACAAAAGCAACUGUUCGACACGUUGUCGAGAGUUGAUAAAUGAUAGUAUACAUAGCUGUAGACGGUGUAAAACGACAUAACGAAAUCUAAGCGUCCCGAAAGGGUGGUAGUGUAAGCGAGCAUAGCGAUUUCAUUAACUCUAGCAUACGGCUCGUUCGUGCUGGUUGUGCACGUUUUAUUUUAUUGACACUGGUAGCGAAACGGUACAAUUGAGGGUUAGAAUAAAGGGUCCUUUAGCAGACGUACAUACCAUGCUGAACGAAAGAAUCAUGUUUUUAUUUAGAGUGCGGAAUAUGAAGAUGCUACCGUUGUCGCGGCAGUUUUAUUGUUUGUUUUUAGAUUAUUUUAUGAUUUUUUACGUUUUAAUCAAGCAACAUUACAUUUCAUCUAACCAUUAGACGCUUAUCCAUGUAGCAACAUGUUUAGUAAAAUAUAUUAAAUACUAUAAUUUGGAAAUAUUGGGAAUUAUUGCGGAAAGUCUUUUGUUAGAAGAAUGCAAUAACUCAACUUUUGCAUUAAAUUAUCGCCAAAUUAAGGAAAUUGCAAUGGAAAAUAAUUCGAGCACCAUGAGUAAUCGAUUGUGGGAAGGAAAACUUAUUUACAAAAGGAAUCAAAAGCAUAAGCUUUAAGCCAAGCAACCCGCUUAAUUCAUGUUGAUGUGAUGAGUAUGAGAAAAAGUAGCAGGCAAUGGUUGGAAGAGAUGAUCCAAACGAUAUGGCAAUGGAUGUUAUUCAAAGAACAAUUAAGCAGCAUGGAAUAUGACGAACGCUAGGUGUAUUUAUCAAGCAUAGAAAAUCACGAAAAAAAGUCCGGCAAUUGGCGGUUUAUAGAAACCAUUUGCACCUGGAAAGAUCGAUCCGGGAAUGUCGAUGCCAGUUGGUGUAGUAGAACAGAAAGGUGAAGCAUAAGAGUGGAGGAGAGGGAUGGGAGGAGUGAAACGUAGGUCCAAUGACCAACAUGCAAGCUACGAAUGAAAUGAAAAUGAAUGGCUGCGAAACAUGUUUUAUCUAUCACUAACAUAUGUGUUAAACUGCUACUACUUUUCCUGAAUGUAAAUCAUCGCACCACGUUGCGUAUCAGAU